UUGGUUUUUUUUUUUUUUAAAUAAGUUGGCAAAAUUGUAACAAAAUUCCGAAGUCGCCCCAGUGUAGACUUCAAAUGUAUUCAUUAAGCAGUAUUAGAAAGAAAUCUGAACUAUGCUAGACACCUCUCGCCCAGUACUCGGUUGUAAAUAAAUUCGAUUGUGUAGAGUACGUGAAACAGCAAUUACAUACAUUAUUACUAGGAAGCACCACAUCUUGCCGAUAGGCGGCCCAUGUUCACAAUUGGUAAUAUGUUGAGUCAAGUCGCGGGUGCUGCCAAUGCCGGCGGCACCCCAUUGGAGGCUUCGGCGACACCACCGCCAGGAGCAGCAGUAGAUAUGGAGACUGAAACGUCACCAACAGUUGAAUCGCGGCCAUUUGUGGCAAGCGGUGCAUCUAGUAAUCGUAAAACGGCUGGCGGUGCUGCGGCGUCUAAGAGCUCGGACAAUCGGGAGUUUCAGUUCUUUUUCGAGGAUGAGGUAUUUCGCAUCGAUCGCAAAGGGCGCGUACGUUUUGGAGUCGUCACUGGAACAGCCGAAUCGUACUCUUCGGAUGAUGAGGAGGAGGAAGCUAACGAGGUGCUCAGCAAGGGCGAGGUGCGCGUCGCCUUCUAUCCGGAUGGCAAGGAAAUUGUGAGAACUGAAAAAUCGAUUGGUCUCGUCGACCGCACGCUGAUGCCAGGUGAUGUGGUGCGACGCCGUCUACCAGGACAGAAACAUAUGUCUGGCCAGGCUGGCUAUGUGCGCGAUGUAAACGUUCGUGCAGACGUCAAAGUACUGGGCACCAAAUACGUGAUCAGGAAUGUGCCCUCGGAGCGCUUAAAGCCGAUUUCAGAAUGGUCACGCGAUGUGCCCGUAUGUUUAGGGAAUUGGAUUGGAUACACCAUCAACGUAGAUGAGUCUGCCGUGCUAAAAUCAAACUUUGGCACACUUCUUGAAAUCACAUCGAACGACUUUCACAAGUUCAGGGAUGCUUACGGGCCCAGUGAGCGUGAAGUCUUUAGUCCCAGUGUAUACUACCCAAAUAAUGUAGUCGUUGGACGUUUACCGCCGUUGGAUCGCGUCACCAAUUUAACCCCGGACAUACCUUUACCAACCAAUCGCAAGCGACGCUCUAUGUAUACUGUCGAAUCUGUCAAAACAACGGCGAUAACUGUUGCUUGGACAUUUAAGGCCACGCCACAGUUUGAUAGUGGUAAUGAAUUGGAUCCACUAAAGCAGCCAAAAAGGUGCAUAAAGGGCGAUGACUUGGCCAAUGUUAAGCGCUUGAACAUCUACGAAUCUUAUAUGCUCCAAAUUCACGAUCGAUUCUACCUCAAAUAUUCGAAAUGUGAUAAACUUAUAAAAUAUUCCGUCUGGGAGCAGGAGCAGGCCAAGUUAUACCAGACCAUUUUCCAACGUCAAAAGAGCGAGGAGAGUAAGCAAACGGCACAGAAUGAGCUGUCGAAGCAAAACUCGACUGCGACUGCGACUGCGACUGGAUUUGAGAACACGCCUUCGCCGUCGGCGCCAUCCAGCUCUCGCAGUGCUCACAUGUUCAAAGUGCGGCGUGUCACUGGUAAACCUAGCAAUCAGCGACUGAAUCGCUCUCUGGCCGAAAGCAACGAUGCAAGUAAUAUGCCAAUUAAGACGACCGCUUCAACUCACUCGACUGGUAAAAAGACACGGGCAAACAAUGAUGAGACCUGGGACACUGCGGAUGAUGAGGGCGAUGAAGAGCCACUACAGGAAGCUCAGGACGUAAUAGAUACAAUUGAAGUGACAGCCAAUACUCCCGAGACAGAAGGUGGCACGAAUUCGUUAAACUCCUUUGCCUCGCAAGCAGCCCGUAUUGUUACACGGAAUUUCAAACGCAGAUCAAGCAAGAAAAAAGCACGACCAAGCAAAAAAACAUCAAUGCCAAGAAAAGAGAGCGAUCCCAAAGAUGGCGAUGAUAUGGUUGUAGAAACUUUGGUUGUGUAUAGUUCGUUAACGGUUGUGUGGCAGGAUGGAUCUGUGGAAUCAGGCAUACCAUCAACGGAUCUAUAUCCGAUACACCAUUUGGACAAUCAUGAGUUCUUCCCAGGAGAUUUUGUUAGCAAGGCUAACGAUUACAGUACCUCACAAAUAGAUUACGGGGUCAUACAGUCGGUGGAUCAUGAUGAACGCAUAGCCAAAGUUAAAUGGUUUAACAUCUAUGGCAAUAUGGAUAAUCCAGUUCCAUCAUGCAAGGAUGUGGAGGAGCUUAGUGUUUACGAUUUGAAAGAUCAUGCGGACUAUCAGUACCGACCAGGCACGAUGGUCAUUCGAGUAUCUAAUUUCACGGGAGAGGACCUUAAUUCUACGGCUGGCCAAGUGAUUGACAACUUUCCCGAUGGCCGUGUGCGUGUUUGGUGGGUCAACGGCCAUAUCACCAUGUGCUAUCCGCAGGAUCUUUUUGAGAUCCAUCAGAGCGAUACGCAGGAUGCGUACGAGUCUGACGAUUCGGAGAAUUCAUGGGAGACACAGUCGGAGAAUAGUCAAACAAUGAAUAUAAGCGCUAGCAUCGCAUCGAUGGAUGUAGAGGAUCACAUAAUAUCAGGAAUUGAUCGUGCCAAAGAAGCCAUUCAGCGCCUGGAAAAAAUCUUUCACGUGCUGCCAGAGCAGCGAAAGGCGGAUGUUCUCAAAGAUCUGCUGGCCGUAUAUAAUAACUGCCGUUUUCUAGACCGUUUUCUAAAAACAGAUUUCUUUCACGAAGAUUACUUUACCGGCAUUCUGUGCCGCAAGAAAAAUCCCCAGUCCCAAAAGCAGACUGUUUCGCCGUCUGCAGCCAAAAGCAGUUCAAAUACGCCUCAGUCCGCUGCGGACACAUCUCAGCGCAAUGUCGAGGCACAACUUUCUAUACCGGAUAUAGCUUCACCAGUUGUUCGACAAGCAAUUAAGUUGGAGAUGCCAUUGAUAGGACAAGCAGCUUCAACAUCUACGCCAAAUAAACGCAAGUCCUCCACUCAUGUUGACGAAGUUCAGUGCAAAAAGAAUAGCAGCAGCGAAAAGAUUAACGUUGAGGAUUCCGCAGAGCAGUCGGUGCUUCUAGACAACAUCUCACUGUCCGAUAGCGAAACUCAGCUAACCUAUAACGAGCUGAUUACUAAGUAUCGAAGCGAAUAUGCGGAUAUGAUCAGAACAGCACGUGUCAGCAUUACUAAGGCCUUCGAGAAGCAUAAGAACAGUAAGAAUGACUCUGGAGUUCAUUCGCGCGGCGAGAACAGCUCGAGCGAAAUCACUUCCGGUUGCGAUUCAAAAGAUACUACCCAAGGCGAGAAAAAACAGUCUAUUUUGAGGUCGUCUUCCAGUACCAGUAUUGAGUUAGUGGCCAAUCACGAUGCGGACGUUUGUGAGGUUUUCUGUUUUUUGAUUAAAGAACAAAUGGCCAAGUGCCGCGAGGCAAUCGUGGAAACCUUUGGCAGAAACAAAACUGACGACAAGGAUGUGGAUGAACACAUAAGCGAUGUGGAUGUGGAUGUUGAUGAGGAUGUCGAUGUCGAGACGUCAGAUCAUGAUAUCCCGCCAGCAUAUGAGAAAGAGCAGGAUCAGGUUAUGGAGCAGCCCUUGAAUCUCAAUGGACUCUCUGAGUCAUUGCCCCCGUUAGAAAGCCCAACCGCUUGCUCAUCACCCUCGCCUUGGCAGGUUACCACGUCGAGCAAUAAUUGUUUUGAAGUAAUGCCCAAUGCUCCACUUGGUCAUUAUUUUAUUGGAAAUAUUAUACAUCCGAACAACAAGGCACACUAUCAGCGCGCCGUACAGCGCGAGUAUGCUAUGCUCCAGGCAUCGCUACCUCCAGGCGUUGUUGUGCGUGCCUAUGAGGAUCGCAUGGAUCUCAUAUCUGUCAUGAUGGUGGGUCCCAAGCGCACACCUUACCAAAACGCUCUAUUUUUCUUCGACUUCCAAAUGGGCUGUGACUAUCCCAAGAGUCCGCCCACGUGUCAUUACAUAAGCUUUUGUACGGAGCGCCUUAAUCCCAAUUUAUAUGAAGAGGGCAAGGUUUGCGUCUCGCUACUAGGCACCUGGUCAGGACGCGAUACUGAGGUGUGGUCGCCUCAAAGCACAAUGCUGCAGGUGCUGGUCUCUAUACAGGGACUCAUACUGGUCGAUGAGCCCUACUAUAAUGAGGCCGGCUAUGAAAAACAACGUGGCACUCAGCUGGGCAAUGAAAACUCACGCGUCUACAAUGAGAUGGCAAUUAUUAAAAUAGUCCAUUCAACGGUAAAACAAUUGCAAAAUCCCCCAUUCAUCUUUCGAAAGGAAUUGAUUGAGCACUUUAAGGAAUUUGGUAGCGAGUUACAUGGCCGCAUGCAGGCUUGGUCUGAAUAUUCGGCCGACGCACAGCGACUAAAAAUAACCAGCAUUAAUGACAUGCCCAAAGACUAUAAAACACCAUGCGAGAUGCCAGAGUUUCCAUUGUUGCCCUGCAGUCGUGGCUUUUGCAUUGCGGUCAAAGGUGUCUUGGAGGCGUUGCAGAACGAAUUGACUGCACUGGAAAAGAAGCAGCAAAGUGAGUCGGCUGUUCCUGCAGCGGCCACAGCGCCGCGAGCUGCACCCGAGGAUGUGUGAUUGACGCGAAUGUUCGCAAUGCUCAAUGUUUGUCAGCCUUGCCUUCGUUGUGGUGCCUAUUAUAAAAAACACAAGACUAUCGCCGCCUGCUCUUGAAAUUGAGCCCUUCACAGGGUUUAUUUCUUAUAUAUUUAAGUAAUCACAGCUCGAAUACUCUCUACCUUAUUAACUUGGCUUAUCAAUCGGCUAACAAACUUUAUAACCAAAAAAAAAAGAUGAUAUUUUUCCUAAAUUUGUCGCUUAUUAUUUGUAAAAACUUUUUAUUUAUUUAGUUAGUCCCCAUUUCGUUUUAUGUUAACACCAAGUUCAUGCGUAUACAAACAAAUAUUGCCUAUAAAAUAUGUAAUGUCUAUAGAGCUAAUAAUUCCCAGCAUUAGUUUUCUUUCUGUAAAUAAUCUAGUUGUUCUUCAAUUGAUUAAACUAGGAAUUUUAUGUAUAUUUCUUUAUUGGCAAAAGUGUAUCAUACUAUUUUUUUCAAUUUUUUGUUUUUUUGCUUACAUGAACUUUAUUUAUUUUGUAUUUAAUUUGUUGUGCGCUAGGUUAAUAGCACUUGGAUUUAAGCUGAACCGCAACUAGGAAUCUGCAUUCCACUUUAAGUAAUGUAGUAAAAGCAGGCAAUUGGUCACAUCGCUUCUUUCAUAUUUAAUAAGCUAGGAAAUGCAAGAUACUAUGUGAAUAAUAAAUUACCAAUUUUAUUUAUUAAA